AAGAUCCCCUUUUCCUCAGAUCAGAAAUAUCCAAUUCGCCACUAUGAUUAGAGCAGCACGUUCAUUCUCAAGCACCACCAAGACUCUUGCUAAGAUUAAAGUCACCAACCCAAUCGUUGAACUUGAUGGGGAUGAAAUGACCAGAAUUAUCUGGCACCGUAUCCGUGAACAAUUAGUUACUCCAUACUUAGAUGUUAACUUGAAAUACUACGAUUUAGGUAUUCAAUCUCGUGAUGCCACCAAUGAUCAAAUUACCAUUGAUGCUGCUAAUGCUAUUAAGGAAUAUGGUGUUGGUGUUAAAUGUGCUACCAUUACCCCUGACGAAGCCAGAGUUGAAGAAUUCGGAUUAAAGAAAAUGUGGCUCUCUCCUAACGGUACCAUUCGUAACAUUUUGGGAGGUACUGUUUUCAGAGAAAGUAUCAUCAUUCCAAGAGUUCCUAGAUUAAUCCCUGGAUGGAAGGAACCUAUUGUCAUUGGAAGACACGCUCAUGGUGAUCAAUAUAAGGCUACUGAUUUGGUUAUCACUGAACCAGGAAAGUUGGAAUUAACCUUCACUCCAGCCAACGGUGGAGCUCCAGAAACCAGAACUGUUUACGAUUAUAAGGGUACUGGUGUCGGUUUAGCUAUGUACAAUACCGAUGAAUCUAUUCGAGGUUUUGCCCAUUCCUCAUUCAAGAUGGCUUUGACCAAGGGAUUGCCAUUGUACAUGUCUACCAAGAAUACCAUCUUGAAGAAAUACGAUGGUAGAUUCAAGGAUAUUUUCCAAGAAAUUUACGAAUCUGACUAUGCUAAGGAAUUCGAAGCCAAGGGUUUAUGGUAUGAACAUAGAUUAAUCGACGAUAUGGUUGCCCAAAUGAUCAAAUCCAAGGGUGGAUUUGUCAUGGCAUUAAAGAAUUACGACGGUGAUGUUCAAUCUGAUAUUGUUGCCCAAGGUUUUGGAUCUCUCGGGUUAAUGACCUCCGUAUUGAUGACCCCUGAUGGAAAGGCCUUCGAAUCCGAAGCUGCUCACGGUACUGUCACUAGACAUUAUAGACAACAUCAACAAGGUAAAGAAACUUCUACCAACUCAAUUGCUUCUAUCUUUGCUUGGUCCAGAGGUAUUGCUCAAAGAGGUAGAUUAGAUAACACUCCAGAUGUGGUUGAUUUCGCCAACACUCUUGAAAAGGCUACUAUUGACACUGUUCAAGAAGACGGUAUCAUGACCAAGGAUUUAGCUUUAGCUACUGGUAGAACCGAUAGAGCUUCCUAUGUUACAACCACUGAAUUCUUGGAUGCUGUUGCUGAUAAAUUAAAGACAAAGGUUGUUGUAUAGACUGUUUAUACUUUCUAGAUAUACAUAAAUAAAUACUUUCUGUAAUUGGGAUUUUUAAAUUAGACCAUCCGAAAUUCAAGCCACUUCUUGUUGUGAUUUAGUUUCCAGUUCGAGAUACUCCCAAAGAUACAUCAAUGAAUAAUAUGAGACCAAGCUAAUACCACAUAUCUUAAGGAAGGGUUUCGAAAACUGUCUAUAGAAGACAGAAUGAGGACUAAUUGGCUUCUGACCAGUCGAGUUAAACCUCAUCUGGAGAGCAAUAUUGUUCAUCCUCCUCAACCUUAUUCCUGUCAUUAUGGUGUUCAAGUUGAAUAUGUAUUU